AUGGCCUCGGUCUUCCGCAGUGAGGAGAUGAGCCUGAUGCAGCUCUUCCUGCAGGUGGAGGCUGCUUACUGCUGCGUGGCUGAGCUCGGGGAGCUGGGUCUGGUCCAGUUCAGAGAUCUGAAUGCGAAUGUGAACAGCUUCCAGAGAAAGUUUGUGAAUGAAGUGAGAAGGUGCGAAUCCUUGGAGAGGAUCCUGCGUUUUCUGGAAAAUGAGAUGGAAGACAUUGUGGAGAUUGUCAAACCAGAAAAGUACCCAGAGACGCCCCUGCCUCGGGAAAUGAUUGAUAUGGAGACAGUGCUGGAGAAACUUGAGGCUGAGCUGCUGGAAGCUAACCAGAACCAGCAAACGCUGAAGCAGAACUUCCUUGAGCUGAUGGAGCUCAAACAUCUGCUGAAGAAAACACAGGACUUCUUUGAGGCAGAAACCAAUCUGCCAGAUGAUUUCUUCAGUGAAGACACAUCUGGCCUGCUGGAGCUGAGAAGCACUCCUGCUGCAGCUGCCAAGCUGGGAUUCACAGCAGGGGUUAUAAAGAGGGAGAGGAUGAUACCCUUUGAGCGUUUGCUGUGGCGAGCCUGCAGGGGAAACAUCUAUUUGAGGUACACCGAAAUGGACGCUCCCCUGGAGGACCCCGUGACGAGAGAAGAGGUGAAAAAGAAUGUGUUCAUUAUCUUCUAUCAAGGAGAGCAGCUCAAACAAAAAAUCAAGAAGAUUUGUGACGGGUUUCGUGCCACAGUCUAUCCCUGUCCAGAGUCUGCCACUGAGCGCCGAGAAAUGCUUGAUGGAGUGAACACAAGGAUCGAGGAUCUGAACACAGUGAUAACCCAAACUGAGUCCCACCGCCAGCGACUGCUGCAUGAGGCAGCAGCCAACUUGUGGUCCUGGGGGAUCAAGGUGAAGAAAAUCAAGGCCAUCUACCACAUCCUGAAUUGCUGUAACAUCGAUGUCACCCAGCAGUGUGUCAUUGCAGAGAUCUGGUUCCCAGUGGCUGAUGCUGGCCGGAUAAAAAGAGCUCUCCAUCAGGGAAUGGAGCGAAGUGGCUCUACCAUCGCCCCUAUCCUCACCGCCAUACACACCAGGAUGGCACCACCCACCUUCAACAGGACCAACAAGUUCACAGCUGGAUUUCAGAACAUCGUGGAUGCAUAUGGUGUGGGCAACUACAGGGAGAUGAACCCAGCUCCUUACACCAUUAUUACCUUCCCCUUCCUGUUUGCGGUGAUGUUUGGGGAUUGUGGCCAUGGUGCUGUCAUGCUGGGCUUUGCACUCUGGAUGGUCAUUAAUGAGAAGAGCCUUCUGGCCCAGAAGAGCACUAAUGAAAUCUGGAACACCUUUUUCAGUGGGCGUUACCUGAUCCUGCUCAUGGGCAUAUUUUCCAUAUAUACUGGCUUCAUCUACAAUGACUGCUUCUCCAAAUCGUUCAACAUCUUUGGCUCGUCUUGGCAUAUCAUCCCCAUGUUUAAAAAUAAUACUUGGAAUAAGGAUGUGCUUCUGGACAACACAGUGCUGCAGCUGGAUCCGGCAGUCCCAGGGGUCUACUCUGGAAAUCCAUAUCCAUUUGGAAUAGAUCCGAUCUGGAAUGUUGCAUCAAACAAGCUGACUUUCCUGAACUCCUACAAAAUGAAGAUGUCAGUUGUGAUAGGGAUUGUACACAUGAUUUUUGGGGUGAUACUCAGUCUCUUCAACCACAUCUACUUCAAGAAGUACAUAAACAUUAUCCUGCAGUUCAUUCCAGAGAUGAUCUUUAUUAUCUCUCUUUUUGGCUACCUCGUCUUCAUGAUUAUUUUCAAAUGGUGUCAUUUUGAUGUCCACUCAUCCCAGAGCGCACCAAGCAUUCUCAUCCACUUCAUCAAUAUGUUUCUGUUCAAUUACGGUGAUGCUUCAAACGCUCCAUUAUAUACGCACCAGAAAGAAGUGCAGAGCUUUUUGGUCAUAUUUGCCCUGAUUGCUAUUCCCUGGAUGCUUCUAAUUAAACCUUUCAUCCUCCGAGCCAACCACCAGAAAGCGCAGCGCAUGAUUCGGUCUCAGGCCAACUCAGGAAACACUGGGGGUGAAAACGAGGUAGAUGCCCCAGAGACCAAUCACUCCAAGAAAGCUUCCCAGGGAGACCACAGUGGUGGCCAUGGAGGACAUGAGGAUGAUGAAGAAGAGUUCAAUUUUGGAGACACAUUUGUCCAUCAAGCUAUCCAUACCAUUGAAUACUGCCUGGGCUGCAUCUCCAACACAGCAUCCUACCUGCGGCUCUGGGCGCUGAGCCUAGCCCAUGCACAACUGUCAGAGGUUCUCUGGACCAUGGUGAUGCACAACGGGCUCAGCAACAGCAGCUGGACAGGCCUCAUAAGCGUCUUCAUCAUCUUUGCAGCAUUUGCAGUGCUGACAGUGGCCAUCCUGCUGGUCAUGGAGGGUUUGUCAGCCUUCCUGCAUGCCUUGCGCCUGCACUGGGUGGAGUUCCAGAACAAGUUCUACGUGGGAGCCGGAUACAAAUUCUCCCCAUUCUCCUUCAAGCACAUCAUAGAUGGCACCAUGGAAGAGUAAAGCCAGGGCAUUGCUGCUUCGCUUCUCAGACCAGGCUCUACUUUCCUGCAGUCAGUCACCCCUAGAGUGGGGCUUAAACGAUGAAACUGAAUGGGACAUGGCCUUUGAAAGAUCAGCUAUACAUGGAGAUGUUCUAACU